UUAAACCUGCAGAGGUGAAGACUGCAAUGGAACCUUCAACUGACAAAGUGAAGCCCCAGACAGUUACCACAAAGGCAUCUGCUCAGGAAACAUCCAAACCUCUUACUGCCACUGCCACCACCACCACCACCUCUGUCAUCACAAAACCUGCUAAUAAAGAUGUAAAGAAAGAAAAGGCCCAGAAGCCAAAUAGGAAGGAGGAAUCAAUUAAACAUGAAGAGCCAAAGACGCUGGUGGAAUCAAAGAUCGAUCAUGAGAAGGCCAAGAAAACUUCCAGCGUAACCAUUUCUUUAGAGACCAGCGAGCCAGUAUUGUCCACUGAUGCACCAAAGGAGAUCUCCAAAUUGAUUGUGACCCAGGAGCCCAUUGAUUCUACCCUAACCUCAGUGAAUCUCUCAGCAAAGCCUGAAACCGAUGAAGUGGCCCUUAAAACAACCACACUAACCUCAAUAGUUGAGGUUUCAACUACCAUUAGUACAUCAGCUCUCUCAGUGCCUUUGUCCAAUGCUGAAGAUGUACAACUAGUCAAGGGGGAAGCUACAGUGACAGAGGUUGUUACAAAAGAGGGGAAAAUGGAUGUAAAGGUGGUUCCUUAUGUCAUGAAAGGUGAGACCAUAGUUAUUGAGGAGGUCUCUAAAGUAUCAGUACAGGAUCCUAUGUUGGCACAAAAAGACUCCUCAUGCAAGUUCAGUCAAAAUGUUGAUGCCACAGGUGGAGUUAAGGAAACCCAACAAGUGGUUGAAGGAAGUUCCAAAUCAAAAAGAAAGAAAAAGAAAUCUCCAGGUGAGAAUUCUAAGAGUGUCAACUCUCAGGAAGCACAGGACCCAAAAGUGGAGAAGGAAAAAUCCUCUCAAGACAAGCCCCUGGUAGAGCCAGCAGAAAGUACCCCUAAACCCUCACAAUCCCCAAUGAUUACUUUAGGGCCUGUUUGUAAUGGUGUUCAGACUAAGGAGGCCUCACCUGUAGCGGAAAGUGAGGCUCAGGUUAAAAUUAAUGUGCAGAGGGAGCAAUCAAAAGACAUCCCAACAAAUGCUGAUGAGAAGGAGGAAGUCCCAAAGCAAACUGUCACUAUUUCUGAAGCAUCACUACCUGUUGGCCAGAUCCCCACAGUGCCCCCAGUGGAGCUUCCAGGUGAAGCACAAGUAAAGGAAAAGGCUGCAGGAAGCAGUGUCACUAAGAUCACACAGGGACCAUUACGCUCCAAAGGCGAGUUAGAUGGUAAAUUGCUGCACAUGGAGCCAGAGAAAAAGGAGGAAAUAACCGUCAAAAAAGUUGAAACAGAGACUUUACAGAAAAUAACCCGCGUGGAGUUUAUACAUGAAAGCUCCAGAUCUGAAAAGAAAAGCUCUGCACUGCAGUCAGAAUCUCACAAACCCAUAGCUGAGACUAAAUCCUCAGUGAGCACAGAGAGAGCUGCAGAGGAAUCUUCAAAAGGUAAGAAGAAAGGGAAAGGGAAAAAGCAGGCUAAGACACCAGACACAGAGACUAUAAACACAAAGCCUGUAGUUUUGCCUGAUGCAUUACCCUCCACUGACGUUACACCAUUGCCCAAGGCCACAGUUAAAGACAGCCCUGUCAUGGCCUCUGCACUGACAGAAACGAAUGUUUCUACAAAGAUGACUCCUGAAAGAAUGUGCAGUGAGGAAGUCGGACAGGCAGCAGCUGUGCUCUCUGAGGCCCCAGCAGACAAAGGGGAGGUGGAGCCAGCACUGCUCUUUGCAGAAAAAAUCAAGCGGGAGGUUCCAAAACCAAAAACAUCCUCCACUGCGAGGGAAGCACCCACAGCCGGAGAGUUAGCGUCAGCAGCGCCAGCAGAGGCAGCUGUAGCUCAGACACAGGCCAGCCCCCUAGUCAAGCAAGAGGAGCCUCCCAGAGUUGCACAACAUUUGGCCACUCAGACAGCAGAGCGCAGCACAGAGAAAAGGCUCUCUGUUUCUGAGGCCUUACAGCAGAAGGAAGAGAAGAAGAGGGACUUGAAGGACACACCCUCUGCCACUGCCACUCCCGCAGCUGCUAAACCUGAGCAACCUCACCUGGGUGACACCUGUGAGUCUGUAGGCCCUGACACAGACGAGGCCGCCAUGAGGAAGAAAAUAGUAGUAGUUGAGGAGAUAGUUGAGGUCAAGAAGGUUGUCAGUCCUCAAGCAACUGGGGGAGACUCACCUUCACCUGUGCAACCUGAGCAUCCUGAGGCACAAGGAGAGGAACUGGACUUGGAUGUUUUGGAAGCUAUCGCCAUAGAGCGGGCGCUACUGUCGGGGGCAGCAGAGGCAAAGGUGCAGGGAGCCUCACCUGAGGCAGACUGGGACCACUCACUGGGGGAGCCAGAGGACAAGACUUGGCCUAACUUCAUUGAAGAUGAACGAGAUCGAGUACAGAAAAAGACCUUCACAAAAUGGGUGAACAAGCACUUGAUAAAGCAUCGGAGGGGAGCAGAGUCACAGCGUCAUGUGACAGACCUGUAUGAAGACCUUCGAGAUGGACAUAACCUGAUCUCUCUGCUGGAGGUCCUGUCUGGAGAAACACUGCCCAGAGAGAAAGGCCGCAUGCGAUUCCACAAACUGCAGAAUGUACAGAUAGCACUGGACUUCCUCAGACAUCGACAGGUCAAGCUGGUUAACAUCAGAAACGAUGACAUAGCAGAUGGGAACCCCAAACUGACGCUGGGGUUAAUAUGGACCAUCAUCCUCCACUUCCAGGUCUCCAAUGCUAUUGCAGACAUCCAGGUGAAUGGCCAAUCCGAGGACAUGACCGCCAAGGAGAAGCUGCUGCUCUGGUCUCAGAGGAUGACUGGCGGCUACCAGGGCAUCCGCUGCGACAACUUCACCACCAGCUGGAGGGACGGAAAGCUCUUCAACGCCGUCAUACACAAACACUAUCCCAGACUCAUCGACAUGGGCAGAGUGUAUCGACAGAACAACGUGGAGAACCUGGAACAGGCCUUCAAUGUGGCUGAGAGAGACCUGGGAGUGACACGCCUCCUGGACCCUGAGGAUGUGGAUGUCCCUCACCCUGAUGAGAAAUCCAUCAUCACCUACGUAUCAUCCUUGUAUGAUGCCAUGCCUCGACCUGAUGUACAUGAUGGCGCCAGAGGGAAUGAGCUGGAGCUGCGCUGGCAGGAGUACUACGAGCUGGUGACUAUUCUGCUGCAGUGGAUCCGCCACCAUGUCAUGAUUUUCGAGGAAAGGAAGUUCCCCACCAGCUAUGAGGAGAUCGAGCUUCUGUGGCGUCAGUUCUUGAAGUUCAAAGAGACCGAGCUGCCGGUGAAGGAGACCGACAAGAACCACUCCAAACACAUCUACCAGUCCUUAGAGGGCGCUGUGCAAAGCGGUCAGGUGAAGGUCCCCCCCGGCUACCAUCCUAUUGAUGUGGAGAAAGAAUGGGGUCGACUCCAUGUUGCCAUCCUUGAGAGAGAGCGACUGCUGAGAAUAGAGUUUGAGAGACUCGAGAGCCUCCAGAGGAUUUCCAGUAAAGUCCAGAUGGACUCUGGGUUGUGUGACGAGCAACUCAGCCACCUGGAGACCCUGCUGCAGACGGACAUGCGUCUGCUGAAUGCGGGGAAACCAGCCAAGCACACGGCAGAGGUGCAGAGGGAGCUGGACAACGCAGACAAAAUGAUCCGCCUGAUCUUCAAUGAUGUACAGCUACUCAAGGAUGGGCGCCACCCUCAGGCUGAACAGAUGUACCGCAAGGUCUACCGCAUCCACGAGCGCCUGGUGAACUUGCGCAGCGAUUACAACCUUCGCCUGAAGACCUCUGUGACCACUGUUCAUGGCAACAUGACGAGCUCCCAGCAGUCCACCAUGAAGGCGCGGCCUGAGUUGGAUGAUGUGACUCUGCGCUACGUUCAAGACCUGUUGGCCUGGGUGGAGGAGAACCAGCGGCGCAUCGAUGAUGCAGAUUGGGGAGCUGAUCUUCCCUCAGUGGAGUCGCAGCUCGGCAGCCACAGAGGCCUGCACCAGACUGUGGAGGACUUCCGAUCCAAGAUUGAACGGGCCAGGGCUGACGAGAGCCAGCUGUCUCCUGUCAGCAAGGGCGCAUACAGGGAAUACCUGGGUAAACUGGACCUGCAGUAUGGCAAACUACUGAACUCUUCCAAGUCCCGCCUGAGGAACUUGGAUUUACUCCACUCCUUUGUCACCUCCUCCACCAAGGAGCUGAUGUGGUUAAAUGAUAAAGAGGAGGAGGAGGUCAACUUCGACUGGAGUGACAGAAACACCAACAUGACUGCUAAGAAAGACAACUACUCUGGGCUCAUGCGAGAGCUGGAACUGAGGGAGAAGAAAGUCAAUGAUAUCCAGACUUUGGGAGACAAACUUGUCAGGGAUGGACAUCCUGGCAAGAAGACAGUUGAGGCCUUCACAGCUGCCCUGCAGACUCAGUGGAGCUGGAUCCUUCAGCUGUGCUGCUGUAUUGAGGCUCAUCUCAAAGAAAACACAGCCUACUACCAGUUCUUUGCAGACGUAAAGGAGGCUCAGGACAAGAUGAAGAAAAUGCAAGAGAGCAUGAAAAAGAAAUACAGCUGCGACCGCUCUACAACCACCACACGCCUGGAGGAUCUGCUGCAGGACGCUGUGGAAGAGAAGGAGGAGCUGAAUGAAUACAAGACCAUGGUGACCAGCCUGAACAAGAGAGCCAAGUCCAUCAUCCAGCUCAAACCACGCAACCCCACAACCCCCAUCAAAGGCAAAUUGCCCAUUCAGGCUGUCUGUGACUUCAAGCAACAAGAGAUCACUGUCCAUAAAGGAGAUGAGUGUGCUCUCCUCAACAACUCCCAGCCCUUCAAGUGGAAGGUCCUGAACCGCUCAGGACACGAGGCGGUGGUGCCCUCAGUCUGCUUCAUGGUACCCCCAGUCAACAAGGAGGCCGUGGACAGUGUGUCCAGUCUGGAUGGGGGUCACCAGCAGAUGGUGUCCAUGUGGCAGAUUCUCCACGUUGACAUGAAGAGCCUGCUGUCCUGGCAGUACCUGAUGAGAGACUUCACACAGAUUCGAUCCUGGAACAUCACCACGUUAAAGACCAUGAAAUCCGAGGAAUACAGGCUGUUGAUGAGGAACCUGGAGCUGCACUACCAGGACUACAUGCGUGACAGCCAGGACUCACAGCUCUUUGGCCCUGACGACCGCAUGCAGAUCGAGGGAGACUACACCAAGUCCACCCAGCAUUUCGACAGCCUGCUUCGCUCCAUGGAGAAAGGACAAAUGGUUGUUAGGCUCAAAGGUCAAAAAGACGAGUCUCUGUGUAAGAACUUCAUUUCUGAGAUCAAGGACCUGCGUCUGCACAUCGAGGACUGUGAGGCUCGGACCGUGGCUCGCAUACGCAAACCCGUGGAGAAGGAGCCUCUGAAGGAAUGCGUUCAGAAGACAACAGAGCAGAAGAAAGUGCAGGUGGAGCUUGAGGGCCUCAAGAAGGAUCUGGAUAAAGUAACUGUGAGGACACAGGAAGUCUUGUCCUCCCCUCAGCAGUCUGCCUCAGCCCCUGUCCUGCGCUCAGAGCUUGACAUCACUGUGCAGAAGAUGGACCAUGCCCACAUGCUCUCCUCCAUUUAUCUUGAAAAGCUGAAGACUGUGGAUAUGGUCAUCCGCAACACACAGGGCGCUGAGGGAGUUCUCAAGCAGUAUGAGGACUACCUGCGUGAGGUUCACACUGUGCCCAGUGAUGUCAAGGAAGUAGAGAAUUACAGAUCAAAGCUGAAGAAAAUGCGGGGUGAGGCCGAGAGCGAACAGCCGGUGUUUGAUUCCAUGGAGGAUGAGCUAAAGAAAGCGUUAGCUGUGAGCGACAAGAUGUCCCGUGUACACAGUGAGCGUGACGCCGAGAUGGACCACUACCGCCAACUUCUGUCCAGCCUCCAGGACCGCUGGAAGGCUGUGUUCACCCAGAUCGACCUACGCCAGAGGGAGCUGGAGCAGCUCGGUCGCCAGCUAGGCUACUAUCGUGAGAGCUAUGAUUGGCUGAUCAACUGGAUUGCCGACGCCAAGCAAAGGCAGGAGAAGAUCCAGGCCGUGUCCAUCAAUGACAGCAAAACUCUGAAAGAGCAGCUUGCCCAGGAGAAGAAACUGCUGGAGGAGAUUGAGAAGAACAAAGACAGUGUUGAUGAGUGUCAAAAUUAUGCUAAAGCAUACAUUGAUACGAUCAAGGACUAUGAACUCCAGCUGGUCGCCUACAAAGCUCAGGUGGAGCCUCUUGCUUCUCCCUUAAAGAAAAGCAAACUGGAUUCUGCUUCUGACAACAUUAUUCAGGAGUAUGUAACACUGAGGACCAGGUACAGCGAGCUGAUGACUCUGACGAGUCAGUACAUCAAGUUCAUCACCGACUCGCAGCGCCGCUUGGAGGACGAGGAGAAAGCUGCAGAGAAACUCAAAGCGGAAGAGCAGAAAAAAAUGGCCGAGAUGCAGGCCGAGUUAGACAAACAGAAGCAGUUAGCCGCAGCUCACGCAAAGGCUAUUGCCAAAGCUGAGAAAGAGGCUCAAGAGCUGAAGCUCAAAAUGCAGCAGGAAGUAAGCAGGAGAGAAGUUGCUGCUGUAGAUGCAGAAAAACAAAAAUACAACAUCCAGCUGGAACUGCAUGAGCUCAAAAACAUGUCAGAGCAGCAGAUCAAGGACAAAAGUCAACAAGUGGAUGACGCUCUCCAAAGCAGGGUGAAGAUUGAAGAGGAAAUCCGCCUUAUUAGGAUUCAGCUGGAGACAACAGUAAAGCAAAAAUCGACUGCAGAAUCUGAGCUCAAGCAACUUCGCGAUAGAGCAUCUGAGGCUGAGAAACUCAGGAAGGCUGCUCAAGAGGAAGCUGAGAAGCUCCGCAAACAAGUCAUGGAAGAAACCCAGAAAAAGUUCAUGGCAGAGGAGGAACUCAAACUGAAAUCUGAAGCAGAGAAGGAAGCUUCUAGGCAAAAGCAAAAAGCCCUGGAAGACCUUGAAAAUCUAAGGAGGCAGGCCGAGGAGGCUGAAAGACAAGUGAAGCAAGCGGAAAUAGAAAAGGAAAGACAAAUCAAGGUUGCUCAGGAGGUAGCCCAGAAGAGUGCUGCCACAGAGCUCCAGAGCAAACACCACUCCUUUGAGGAAAAAACCUCAAAGUUAGAGGAAUCACUCAAACAGGAGCAUGGUGCUGUCCUUCAGCUGCAACAACAAGCAGCGCAUCUUAAGAGACAACAGGAAGAUGCAGAAGUUGCCAGGGAAGAGGCCGAAAAAGAGCUUGAAAAAUGGAGGCAGAAAGCAAAUGAGGCCCUCCGUCUGAGACUCCAGGCUGAAGAAGAAGCUCACAAAAAGAGCCUUGCUCAAGAGGAUGCUGAAAAACAGAAAGACGAGGCUGAGCGUGAGGCUAAGAAGAGAGCCAAAGCUGAAGAUUCAGCCCUGAAGCAGAAAGAUAUGGCCGAGAAAGAACUCGAGAGGCAGAGAAAGAUUGCUGAGAGCACAGCUCAGCAGAAACUCACUGCAGAACAAGAACUGAUUCGACUUAGGGCAGACUUUGACAAUGCAGAACAGCAGAGAUCCCUCCUUGAAGAUGAACUAUACCGCCUCAAGAAUGAAGUUGCUGCUGCUCAACAACAGAGAAAACUGCUGGAGGAUGAACUGGCCAAAGUGAGGAGUGAAAUGGAUAUACUCAUUCAGCUCAAAUCCAAGGCAGAAAAGGAGACCAUGUCCAACACAGAGAGGAGUAAACAACUUCUUGAGGCUGAAGCCGCCAAGAUGAAGGACCUGGCUGACGAGGCAAGCAAGCUUAGAGCCAUUUCAGAGGAAGCCAAGCACCAGAGACAAGUUGCUGAGGAAGAGGCAGCUCGUCAGAGAGCCGAGGCUGAGAGGAUUCUCAAAGAGAAGCUGGCUGCAAUCAGUGAGGCUACCCGUUUAAAAACAGAAGCUGAAAUUGCCCUAAAAGAGAAGGAGGCAGAAAACGAGAGACUCCGGCGACAUGCAGAGGAUGAGGCUUACCAGAGGAAAGCUCUGGAAGACCAGGCCAACCAGCACAAGCAUGAGAUUGAGGAAAAGAUCGUUCAACUCAAGAAAUCAUCUGAGGCUGAAAUGGAAAGACAAAAGGCAAUAGUGGAUGACACGCUCAAACAGAGGCGGGUUGUAGAGGAAGAGAUCAGAAUUCUUAAGCUCAACUUUGAGAAGGCUUCAUCAGGAAAACUUGACCUGGAGCUAGAGCUAAACAAACUGAAAAACAUUGCAGAAGAAACUCAACAAAGCAAGCUCAGAGCAGAGGAGGAGGCAGAGAAACUAAGACAGCUUGCCCUUGAGGAGGAGAAGAGGAGGAGGGAAGCAGAGGAGAAAGUUAAGAUAAUUACAGCUGCAGAAGAAGAGGCAGCCAGACAACGCAAGGCAGCCCAAGAUGAGCUUGAUCGUUUGAAAAAGAAAGCAGAAGAAGCCAAAAAGCAGAAAGAUGAAGCUGACGAAGAAGCUGAAAAACAGAUUGUCGCAGCCCAACAAGCAUCCCUGAAAUGCAGUGCAGCUGAGCAGCAAGUUCAAAGUGUCCUUGCUCAACAGAAGGAAGACAGCAUCAUGCAAAAGAAGCUUAAGGAAGAGUAUGAGAAAGCCAAGAAGCUUGCCAAGGAGGCAGAGGCUGCUAAGGAGAGGGCAGAAAGAGAGGCAGCUCUCUUUCGUCAGCAAGCAGAAGAAGCAGAACGGCAAAAAGUGGCUGCUGAGCAAGAAGCUGCAAACCAAGCCAAAGCUCAAGAGGAUGCUGAGAGGAUGAGGAAGGAGGCUGAAUUUGAAGCUGCCAAACGAGCACAAGCAGAAGCAGCAGCACACAAGCAGAAGCAACAAGCUGACACUGAAAUGGCUAAGCACAAAAAAUUGGCAGAGCAAACAUUAAAACAGAAGUUCCAAGUGGAGCAAGAGCUAACAAAGGUUAAACUUCAGCUUGAUGAAACAGAUAAUCAGAAAUCUGUCCUGGAUGAAGAACUGCAGCGCUUGAAGGAUGAGGUUGAUGAUGCCGUCAAACAAAGGGGCCAGGUGGAGGAGGAGUUGUUCAAAGUCAAGGUUCAGAUGGAGGAACUUCUCAAACUUAAAAUCAGAAUUGAGGAGGAAAAUCAGCGCCUCAUCAAGAAAGACAAAGAUAACACACAGAAUUUCCUUGAAGAAGAGGCUAAAAACAUGAAAAAGCUUGCAGAGGAUGCUGCUAGGCUUAGUGUAGAAGCCCAAGAGGCUGCACGCUUAAGACAGAUUGCAGAAGAUGAUCUUAAUCAGCAAAGAGCUCUUGCAGAGAAAAUGCUCAAAGAGAAGAUGCAGGCCAUACAAGAGGCAUCUAAACUUAAAGCUGAGGCAGAGAUGCUCCAAAGGCAGAAGGACUUGGCUCAGGAGCAGGCACAAAAGUUGCUGGAGGAUAAACAACUAAUGCAGCAGCGUCUGGAGGAGGAAACAGAGGAGUACCAGAAAUCACUUGAAGCAGAAAGGAAAAGGCAAUUGGAGAUCAUAGCUGAAGCUGAAAAACUCAAGCUUCAAGUUUCUCAGCUCAGUGAAGCCCAGGCCAAGGCUGAAGAGGAGGCAAAAAAAUUCAGGAAACAAGCUGACACAAUUGCUGCUCGUCUUCAUGAGACUGAAAUAGCCACCAAAGAAAAAAUGACAGUUGUGGAAAAAAUGACGGUCGACAGACUUAAUACCAGUAAAGAAGCUGACGAUUUACGAAAAGCAAUCGCAGACCUAGAGAAGGAGAAGUCUAGACUGAAAAAGGACGCUGAAGAACUUCAAAAUAAGUCUAAAGAGGUCGCCGAUGCACAGCAGAAACAAAUGGAACACGAGAAAACAGUGCUCCAGCAGACAUUCCUGACAGAGAAGGAAAUGCUGUUGAAGAAGGAGAAACUAAUUGAAGAUGAGAAAAAGAAGCUGGAGAGCCAGUUUGAAUUAGAGGUUAAAAAGGCCAAGGCCCUCCAGGAUGAACAGGAGCGCCAGAGACAGCAGAUGGAGGAGGAGAAGAAAAAACUCCAGGCUACCAUGAAUGCAGCCCUAAAUAAGCAGAAAGAGGCUGAGAAAGAGAUGCUUAACAAGCAGAAAGAAAUGCAGGAGCUGGAAAACCAGAGACUAGAACAGGAAAGGAUUCUUGCAGAGGAAAACCAGAAAUUGCGUGAGAAGCUGCAGCAGAUUGAAAAAGCACAGAAAGAGCAACUCACCAAAAAAACUGUAACAAUAGUUGAGACAGUAAAUACAUUUUACAAUGGCAAAAAUGGCAGCGAUGCGGUAGACAGUGUAGAAAAGAGAGUAGAUCCAUUGGCUUUUGAUGGCAUUCGUGAUAUGGUACCUGCAAGCAGACUUCAUGACAUUGGUCUUUUACCCAAAAAGGACUUUGACAACCUGAAAAAUGGCAAAACCACUGCUCAUGAACUUGGUGAAACCGAAAAUCUUAAAAGAAUUCUUAAAGGAAAGAAUUGCAUUGCAGGUGUUUUGACUCCAUCUAAGCAAAAAAUGUCUAUCUAUCUAGCAUCAGAAGAGAAGAAGAUUACUCCGGGCACAGCAUUGAUCCUUCUUGAAGCACAAGCUGCCACAGGUUAUAUUGUAGACCCUAUCAAAAAUCAGAAACUUUCUGUUAAUGAUGCUGUUAAGGAAGGUUUGAUUGGCCCAGAACUGCACAACAAAAUGCUUUCAGCUGAGAGGGCUGUUGUUGGCUACAAAGAUCCAUAUACUGGUGGGAAGAUCUCUGUCUUUGAAGCUAUGAAGAAGGGUCUUAUGGAGCAUGAUCAUGCCAUCAGAGUCCUUGAGGCCCAGCUUGCAACUGGUGGCAUCGUUGACCCUAUCAAUAGUCACCGUGUACCAAAUGAAACAGCCUAUAAGCAGGGACAAUAUGAUGCAGAAAUGAAUAAGGUUAUGGAAAAUCCCUCAGAGGAUAAAAAGGGAUUCUUUGACCCCAGCACACAGGAACCUUUGACGUAUUCUGAGCUAAUGGAGAGAUGCGUCACUGACCCCGACACAGGUCUGUUACUCCUGCCAAUCACAGACAAAGCUGCUCAGUGCUCAAGUAUAUACACAGAGGAGGAAACCAAGGAUGUGUUCAGCAAAACAACUGUGUCUGUGCCAUUUGGAAAAUUCAAGGGAAAGACUGUCACCAUUUGGGAAAUAAUAAACUCUGAGUACUUCACUGAGGACCAGAAGAAGGAUCUUCUCCGUCAAUACAAGACGGGCAAAAUCACAAUUGAAAAGAUCAUUAAGAUUGUGAUUACAGUUGCAGAGGAGAAGGAGAAGAAGAAGGAAAUUACUUUUGAUGGUCUGAGAGCACCUGUCCCUGCCACGGAGCUCCUGGAAUCCAAAAUCAUUGAUAAAGACCUGUUCAACAAAUUAAACAAGGGCAAAAAGACAGUCAAAGAGGUGUCUGAAAUGGAGCCUGUCCAAAAAGCAUUGAAAGGUACAAAUUGCAUUGCAGGAGUAGUUAUUGACUCAUCCAAAGAGACAAUGUCCUUCUAUCAAGCCAUGAAAAACGAUAUAAUGAGGCCAGGGCCUGCCUUGAUUAUGCUUGAAGCCCAAGCAGGAACAGGCUAUGUGGUUGACCCUGUACAGAAUCAGAAGUACACAGUUGAUGAAGCGGUCAAAGCAGGUGUUGUUGGUCCUGAGCUGCAUGAAAAGCUCCUGUCUGCAGAGAGAGCAGUUACAGGUUUCAAAGAUCCUUACACUGGAAAAACUGUAUCUCUCUAUCAAGCAAUGAAAAAGGAUCUCAUACCUAAAGAACAAGGAAUCCGACUGCUCGAUGCCCAAAUGACCACCGGCGGCAUCAUUGAUCCAGUAAAAAGCCACCGCAUUUCACAUGAUGUUGCCUGUAAGAGAAAUUAUUUUGAUGAUGAAAUGAAACAGGUUUUGAGCAGUCCCACUGAGGAAACUAAACACUUCUUUGACCCUAACACAAAAGAAAAUGUCACAUACUCAGAGCUCUUCAAGAGAUGUGUCCCUGACAAGAAAACUGGUCUCCGGCUUCUUCCUCUUUCUGAUGAAGCCAUCAAUGCAAAGGAGGAGCCAUCAUACACAGAAGCUCAGACAAAAGAGGCCAUGACUCAGGCAACUGUUGAGCUUGAUUCUGGACCAUUUAAAGGCAGAAAGAUGACCAUCUGGGAAAUCAUCAACUCUGAAUAUCUCACUGAGGAACAAAGGCUUGACCUCCUCAGACAGUUUAGGUCUGGAAAGCUUACAAUUGAAAAGAUCAUCACAAUUGUAAUCACAAUUGUGGAUGACAAAGAGGCCAAAAAACAAGAAAAGUCAAGCUUCAAGGGACUCAGAGCCCCUGUCCCAGCAAGCUCUCUGUAUGAUUCCAAAAUCAUUGACAAACCAACCUUUGAGCUCCUUCAACAAGGCAAAACAACACCUAAACAAGUCAGUGAGAAGAAUCCUGAUAUCAAUAAAUACCUCAAGGGAUCUGAUAGCAUUGCUGGAAUCUACCUUGAGCCAACAAAAGAGAAAAUUAGCAUUUAUCAGGCUAUGAAGAAAAAGCUCCUCAGACAUAACACAGGGCUUUCACUGCUUGAGGCCCAAGCUGCAACUGGGUUCAUUGUAGAUCCAGUGAGGAACCAGUGUCUGUCAGUAGAUGAGGCAGUGAAGUCUGGCCUUGUUGGUCCAGAGCUACAUGAAAAACUCCUCUCUGCAGAAAAAGCUGUCACUGGCUAUAAAGAUCCAUUCACAGAUGGCAAAAUUUCCCUCUUUGAAGCAAUGCAGAAAGAUCUCAUCCUAAAAGAGCACGCCAUGCCACUGUUGGAGGCACAAAUGGUUAGCGGAGGAAUCAUUGACCCUGUAAAUAGCCAUCGUGUCCCAGAUGAGGUUGCAUAUCAGAAGAACAUUUUUGACAAAGAAGUUGCUAAGACCCUAUCUGAACCAUCUGAUGAUAAUAAGGCUUUCUCAGACCCAGAAAGUGACGAGAAUGUAACCUAUAGACAGCUUAAAAACAAAUGUCAAAGAGAUCCCGAGACAGGCCUGUACAUCCUCCCACUCUCCAAACCUCAGAUUCCAACUGUUGUGGAGAAGACAUAUCUCUACACGGAGGAACAAACAGAGAGUGACCUGACCAGCACCCAGAUUGAUAUUCCAAUUGAGGGCCUUGCUGAUAAACCAUUGAACCUCUGGGAUGUCAUGAAUUCAAAUCUGAUUCCAGAAUCAGAGAGGCAGAAACUUAUGGAUGAAUAUCGCUCUGGACAAAUCACUAAAGAGAGGAUGAUCAUCAUUAUAAUUGAGAUAAUGGAGCAGAGAGAGAUCAUUCGAAAUGACAAUCCACUGUCAUAUAAGAUUUUAAGAAGAAUAAUAACUAUUGAGGAGCUCUACAAUGCUCGCAUCAUUGACUUGGAGACAUAUAACCUUCUUAAACAGGGCAAGAGGAAUAUCCGCGACAUAAUGGAGAUGACCAGUGUGAAACAGUAUCUCUAUGGCACAGGCUGUGUUGCUGGGGUCACAACUGACUCAAGUUCCAAGAUAAGCAUAUACCAAGCAAUGAAGAGAGGUUUUCUUAAACCAGAAGUAGCCAUGAGCCUCCUGGAAGCACAAGCUGCGACAGGAUUCCUUGUUGAUCCAAUAAAGAAUGAGACACUCACUGUUGAUGAAGCUGUUCGCAAAGGUGUUGUUGGACCUGAGAUCCAUGAUAAACUUCUGUCAGCAGAAAGAGCGGUCACAGGAUACAAAGAUCCAUACAGUGGGAAAAUCAUAUCUCUUUUCCAGGCCAUGAAGAAGGAUCUUGUUCCAGAGGAUUAUGCUCUGAAAAUGUUAGAGGCACAAACGACCACUGGUGGUAUUAUUGAUCCUGAAUUCCAGUUCCAUCUGCCAGCAGACAUUGCCAUACAAAGAGGAUAUAUCAACAAGGAAACCAAUGAAAGACUGGCUAGCGAAGUUAAAGGUUUUGUUGACCCCGUCACAGAUGAGAAAAUAACAUAUGCACAGCUGCUCAAGAGAUGCAAGUUAGAUGGUGGAUUGCGCCUCCUCUCUCUGGGAGACAAGAGGCUGACAUUCAAAGGUCUCAGGAAACAAAUCACAAUGGAGGAGCUGAUCAGCUCACAAAUUAUCGAUCAGCAGACUGUCACCCAACUGAAUGAAGGACUUAUUUCAGUGGAGGAGGUGAGUGAGAGGCUGUCAAGGUACCUUGAAGGCACAAGCUGUAUUGCUGGUGUGUUUUUGGAGUCCACAAAGGAACGUCUAUCAAUUUACCAGGCCAUGAAGAAGAACAUGAUUAGGCCAGGCACUGCAUUUGAGCUCCUUGAGGCACAGGCAGCCACAGCCUAUGUCAUUGAUCCAAUCAGAAAUCUCAAACUGACUGUCAAUGAAGCAGUGAGAAUGGGAAUUGUAGGUCCAGAAUUCAAAGACAAGCUUCUCUCUGCAGAGCGUGCAGUGACUGGAUAUAGAGAUCCUUAUUCGGGCAAGACAAUCUCCCUGUUUCAGGCCAUGAAAAAGGGGCUCAUCCUGAAAGAUCAUGGUAUCCGUCUCCUGGAAGCCCAGAUUGCCACAGGUGGAAUCAUUGACCCAGAGGAAAGUCACAGACUGCCAGUCGAGGUGGCCUACAAACGUGGGUUCUUUGAUGAGGAAAUGAACGAGAUCCUGACAGAUCCAUCCGAUGAUACCAAAGGUUUCUUUGAUCCCAACACUGAGGAAAACCUAACCUACCUCCAGCUCAUGGAGAGGUGCAUUACUGAUCCUGACACUGGCCUGUCACUCCUACUAUUGAAAGACAAGAAGCGGGAAAGGAAGACCUCCUCCAAAUCCUCAGUUCGUAAACGCAGAGUGGUCAUUGUAGAUCCAGAGACAGGCAAAGAAAUGACUGUGUAUGAGGCCUACAGGAAGGGACUCAUUGACCAUCAAACCUACUUGGAGCUUGCUGAGCAAGAGUGUGAAUGGGAAGAGAUCACAAUGACUUCCUCUGAUGGUACUGUCAAAUCCAUUAUCAUUGACAGGAGGUCAGGGAGACAGUAUGAUGUUGACGAUGCUCUUUCACGUGGUCUCAUUGACCAGAAGGCUCUUGAUACAUACCGAGCUGGAAAUCUGGCCAUCACAGAAUUUGCUGACAUGCUUUCUGGAAAUACGGGCGGCUUCCGUUCACGAUCAUCCUCUUUUGGUUCCACCACUGGUUCCACCUUCUCCUCUUCCAUGAGCCCCAUACCCUCCAUUAAAGCACCUGCAGUCAUAUGGAAUGACCCAGCAGAGGAGACUGGCCCCAUAGCCGGUAUCUUAGACAUAGACACGCUGGAGAAAGUGUCUGUCACAGAGGCAAUACACAGAAACCUGGUAGACAACAUCACAGGCCAAAGAUUGUUGGAGGCCCAGGCGUGCACAGGAGGAAUAAUUGAUCCCACAAGUGGAGAAAGAUUGUCAGUCACUGAUGCUGCAGAAAAGGGUCUUGUGGAUAAAAUUGUUGUGGAUCGCCUCAACCUGGCUCAAAAAGCAUUCAAUGGAUUUGAAGACCCUAGAACUAAAGUUAAGAUGUCUGCCUCCCAGGCUCUGAAGAAGGGCUGGUUAUACUAUGAAGCUGGCCAGCGUUUUCUUGAGAUCCAAUAUCUAACUGGUGGACUUAUUGAACCUGAUGUUGAGGGCAGAGUGUCCCUUGAUGAAUCCAUCAAGAAGGGCACAAUUGAUGCCCGCACUGCCCAGAAACUAAGAGAUGUCGGUGCUUAUUCUAAAUACCUAACAUGUCCAAAAACCAAACUGAAAAUCUCCUUCAAAGAUGCCAUGGACAGAAGUAUGGUUGAGGAAGGAUCUAGCCUAAGGCUUCUGGAGGCUUCCUCACAAUCCAGCAAAGGCCUGUACAGUCCUUACAAUGUCAGUGGUUCUGGAUCUGCAUAUGGUUCUCGGAGUGGCUCAAGGACCGGAUCCCGAUCUGGCUCGAGGAGAGGCAGUAUUGAUGCAGGCUCUGGCUUCAGCAUGAACUUCUCCUCCUCCUCCUUCACAUCCUCUUCGACUGGCUACAGCCGCAGAUUCUGAUUAGCUCCCUUUCUUUCUAACAACUAAAAACCAACAAUACUAAUGCACUUUAGGUUGCAUUUCUCACAGGAAAAACAUUGUUACAGUAACAAAGAAAAUAUAAUUUAUUUAUUCUGCCCUGCAUGUAGUCACUAUUGGCUAUUGAUUCUUCAAUUAUAGCAGAUGUCCAAACAAAUGUCUCAUAUAUGGAGACAUAACCAAGCAUCUUUAAAUAUAUAAAAUAUGAAUUUCCCUUAGUACUGAUUACAAAAAUCAGCUUAUAUUUUUUAGAAGCAAAGCAUGACAUUUUAGAUGUUUUUAAGUGACUACAGUUUUAAUUUUACGCAUUAAAAAGUUGUAUACUUGCUUUCUGAAACUAAUAUAUAAUGUUUGUAUGUCAAACAGAAAUAUUUUUCCAGUAUUCCUUGUAACCUUAAACAUUCAAGAAUAUGUGUCUAUUUUUUAUCUUUCUGGACAAUAUAGUGUGAGAUACUGUAUGUCACCAUAGUUUUUUAACAGAUUCAAAAAUAUUUGGAUGCCUUCAACUUUUUGAAUGUCUGUAUAGAGUAUGGACAGAUUUUGUGUUAAUGUUUUUAUGUGAAAUGGUGUCUGGGUAACUGAAUAAAAUACCCAGUGAGAAUACACAUGUGAGACACUACAAGAAUACAACACUGAAAAGAAGUAGCAGAAUUAAGUUACACAGACCGCUAAAAAUUAGUUUCACAUCUGUCAUUACUUUGUACUCAUUUAUAUUCAGUCGACUUUUGCUUUUUUUAGUUCAUCUUUCUUUUACACACUAUAAGUUUUUGGAUUCUUCAUAUUCACCAUCAAUCAAGUGUUCCUGAUAAAUCCCAAGAUGGUGUCAGACUUGCUCCUGCUCUCCCAUACAGACCUGCCUCCUGUUAUUUUGGUUCUUCUGCCUCAGUCCCUUAGACAACAUCUGAGCACAGACACUCAGGUGGCCGGAGCAUACAAUCCCCUCAACUUGGAUGGAUUUGUGAGUCCAGAUCAUCCUCAAGCUGUAACACAGAUCUGCCAUUGAGUUCAUCCAUUCUUUCCAUUGCCCAUCACAUUUGAGGAAAGCUGAGGCUGAGUCAACCUGACAUCAUCUUGGGAUGCCUUUUUAGGAACACACUUCAUUCAUGGCCCUUGUUCAUGCAUUUAUUACUUCAAUGCUAAUUGUGACAUUUAUGUUGAUAAAUAAGCACAUCUUCAUUUCACCAGUCUUAAAUCUGGGAUUCUAUAUUCAUUUUAGAAAAGGAAUAAUCAGAGAAAUUUGGAGAAUUGACACGUUUAACCCAACACCACAUUUCAUGAAUGUAUUUAUCAUAUCAAAUUAACAAACUGAAAAACAGCUUUAAGCUUCAUUUUGCCUAAAUGGAUUUUUCUAUAUCAAGUAUUUCUUUUCCCUUAAGUGUUUUGCCUCUGUAAAUCAUUUUACUUUGUUUUUGUCAUGUUUUUUGAUAUGUUAAGAAUUUGCUUUGCAUGUUUAAUAACUUUACCAGGAUAUUUGGGAAAAUGUUGAUGUAAAAUAAAGACAACUGCAGAUAGUAACUGUGCUGAUUUUAAUAUAAGCGAUAUAUAAAGUCACAAACUAACUGGUUGGUUUUGCUUAUGGGGCAGAUCUUUGCUUUGAAUGAUAUAAUGAGUGGAUUCAUUGUUCUGAACAUAACACUGUUGUAAAUAAAUGUGCUCUGAAGAGGC